CUUUCCUCGUGUUUGCGCAGGAUGAUGGAACAGAGAAGUCCCCCGCCAAGAAAAGACAAAAGAAAAAGGACAACAAAGAGAACAAAGAAAAACAGGGAACACCUAAAAAGGAGAAGGACGGGGACAAAGAAAAAAAGGGUGCCAAGCCCAAAAAAGAAAAGGCUAAAGCAGCCAAAGGGAAGAAGAUUCAAGGUCCGGUUCACAUUACAGCUGGGUCUGACCCCGUUCCCAUCGAAGGAAAGGACGAUGAUGAACUGGACCAGGACACUUUCAGUGUUUGCAAGGAGCGCAUGAGGCCGGUGAAAAAGUUCCUGAAGCAGCUGGAUAAACCAGAUGAGGGUCUGUCUGACCAGGACCAGCUCCAGCACACUCGCACAUGCCUGAUGAAGAUUGGAGACCGAAUCACAGAGUGCCUUAAAGCCUACAGUGACCCCGAACAUGUCAAGAUAUGGCGGAGAAACCUGUGGAUUUUUGUGUCCAAGUUUACGGAGUUUGGUGCUAGGAAGCUUCACAAGCUUUACAAAAUGGCACUGAAGAAGCGUUCACACGUGGAAGAGAAGGAGCAGAAGAAAAAGGAGGAUUCUGGAGGCAGGGGGAAAAACUUCCGACCCGAGCCCUCUGGUUCCAGUCGAGACUCCACAGGAAAUCAGUCGUCCUCCAAACCGGGGUCUCACUCCACUCAGCCGGGAGCCCACGGGCACCACAGAGAGCCGUACAACUCUGCUAAUAAACGGCACUUUGGCAACGAUGAUCGAGGGGACUGGCAGAGGGACCGUAAAUACAAUUACCCGAGUAACAGCAACCAGUCGUGGCAGGGAGAUCGACAUCAUCAGUAUGACCGCUACAAGGAUCACUAUGGAGACCGACGUCCUCAUGGAGACUCGUACCGCAGCAGCUCAGGGGGUUACCGCAACAGCAGCUCCCCUCGCAAACGGCCUUAUGAGCAGUACAGCAACGACCGGGACCACCGGGGUCAGAGACCCUACUAUGACAGGCAUUCAGAUCCCAAAAGAAGACGUCCUGAUGAAUUCCGUCAAAACCACCACCAGGGCAGGGAGGGUCCUCUCCAGGACUUCAGGAGGCCUGCAGGUCCCCCCGGCUCCGAGCACUACAGCAGACACUCUGACAAACCCUCACUGGACCCUCGCUCCCCACAAGCGCAGAAGUCUCCGCAGGACCCGCGCUCUUCCCCGGAGCGGCCUGCAGAGCCCAAUGAAGCGGCAGACCCUACCUGGAACAACAGGAAAACAUAAAAAGUGCACCAGUGCAGACCGAGGACAGAUCUGGGUGUUUUGUCCAGGGUCACAAACAUGCUGCUGAUGGACAAGUCUGGACCCGCCAAUCAUAAGCUCACAGUUGGAAAGGGAAUCAACAUGUUCCCUUUUUACCAGCAAAACUCUGUUGCUCUUUUCCCCCAAAUGACUGUGGCUGGGAAUGAUGCCCUGAAGGAAGUAUGCUUUCCUUCUGUCGUCUCCAAGAUGAAGAAAAACUUUCUCAAGCAUCUUUAUUUAAAUGAAGUGACUCAAGCCAGUGCUUUUGGAUGCUUAGUCCCAUGGACUUUUUUCUAAGAAGAAUUUAGGAUACAUGAACUGCUGACUGAUCUCAAUCCUAAAAGUGCCUGAAGGCUUCAGCCUUUCUGAAUGGUGUAUGGGAUUAUUCCCAGAUGAGGCAUGACAUGGACAUAUAUUUUUGUGUUAAGCUUUAAAACUUGCAAAUUAUGUCGUUGGGAUAUUUCAAUACAAACGAAAGUGUUUUCAUCUGCACCUUCAUUAUGUUUAUCUUGAACAUGUAGCUGAACUGAAUCCCCACUUUAAACAGGUGGUGCAAUGGCACGGUCCUGUUAUGUUAUUUGAAUGAUCAAUGAAGUAUGUUUACUCUACAAAACACUCUACAAAAUCAUUUUAGAAAAUUCACAUUGCUCAUGUGUACAAAUAAUCAUUAUUUCUGUAACCGUGUAGUUAUAUAAAUCAAGGCAAUCCUCUUGCUUUGUUCACUUUAACCACUUUCCCUCUUAGUAGGCCCAGUGAAAUAGAAGCAGUAUUUAUUGCCACAACUUGUGCAAAGGCUCAUAACACUAUUACUUAGAACUAUCCUUUAUUUGUUGCCUUUCAGUAUUCUGAUAGUUCAGAAUGGUACUUCAGUGUAGUUGCAUUAAUUCAUCUCUCAGUAUGUAAGUAUUCAGAAAAUAAUAUUCUGAUAAAACCUCUUCUCUCUUUAUCUAUGGUUUGGCAAUGGUGUUGCUGUUAGAUUGUUCAAGGGUUACCAGGAAGUUGCUGAUGACAUUUGAUUAUGUGUAUUACCUCUGGUCAAUCUUUAUCCGUGCCAAACCUGCUUUGGCCCCCAAUGUUUUUUUUUUACGCUUCUCCAUUUGUGCCUUAUUUAUGUGUGUAUUAUCAUACUGUAUGUUGUUCAUCAACAGUCCUGGGGCCCGACAGGCGGGGUGUAGUAUUACAGUCACAUUUUAAGGACAUUGCUCUGAAUGAACUGGUUAAGGGACCAUGUAUUCUGGUAAGCAUCCUGGGCUUUCCAAAAGAGCUGAUCAUUUGAGGGAAAAAACAUAGAUAUAAAGGUAUGAUGUGUGUGUGUGUGUGUGUGUCUGUGCAGGGCUCUUAGCCGACCUGUUACAGUGAACAGCCAGCACAUCCUCUCCACGUUAAGCAACUCACAGUUUCUGUAUCAUAUGUUCUUUAGGAAAGUCUAAAUAAUUUAUAUUUGUGACAAAACCACUCUUCUUGAGAAAUGAUCUGUACAUAUGUUAGGACAUAUGUAAUGAACUUUGUUACACAAUGAAAA